AUGUCCGUUAGCCACCCAUCAAAAAAUGGUCUCUUAUUACUCUUACAAGCAGCCAAAAAGCUGGAUGAAGAAGAAUCGUUACACCGCUACACACAUAAUUCUGAAAAAUGGGAACAUCGACAUUCUCAACGGAAUUAUGCAGAGACGAAUUCAUCAACCUAUUCCUCUCACAACUAUGGCACACAAAAACGACCUGUUACAUCUGUGAGAUGCACUCAUAAUGAACUUGAAAAGAGUCGUCGUGCCCAUCUUCGUACAUGUAUGGAAACGCUAAAAGAGCGUUUGAAUUUCGAUAAUGACGUCCCAAGGAUAACUAUGUUAACGGUACUUAAGAAGGCGACGGCUACAAUACAGCUCUUGAAGCAGAAGAAACAAUGCCUAGAAAGUUAUGAGGAUAGUGAAAAACAGAGAUGCGCCCAGUUGCUGAAGCGACGUCAAGCACUUAGGAAGAAGUUGGAAGAGAAACGUAGCCGUUCACUGAAAUUGCAAAAUUGGAAAGAACGAAACCGCAAUUGUUCAGAAUGUUCUAUUGCAACUACAUCUUCAGAUGAUUCUGAAAUGGAUUUACGAUCGGGUACUGGUUCAACUCCACCUACACAAUCGCUUAAUAAUGGCAUACAACUACCUAAUACGGCAGCAGCGGGAAUCAAUACAUGUACAAAUGAUCCAAAUUAUAUUAUACAAUUGUCUAAACAUAGAAGUCUCAGCUCACCAACAGGUACUAUGAGCAGUUCACCUGUUGGUUUGGAUGCUUUUGAUGCUAGUAGCUCUGAUUCAGGAUUUGAGGAAAUUACUAUUACCUCAAGUGGCAUAAUGUCUCCAAAUGAUAA